AUGUCGCCCGACCAGCCAGCACCCGCCGCAUUCGGCGAAGCGCGGCCUGCGGGCGCGGCGAUGUGGGUGCCAUGCUUCAUAUUCGCACACCUGUUUGCGGCCUUCUGGAUCUGCCGCGCACUGGCCAAGCUAGCGCCAGAGCGCUGUCGCAGGCUGACGGCGGCGCUGCCUUUCUGCCGAGGCGCGCGCAGUGAGGCUGAGCCCGCGGUGCGCGCGGCGGGCGACCUGGAGGCGCCAGGGGCUGCACGGCCGGGCGCCGCGGCGCCGCUGCUGUUGGAAUGGGAGGGCGUCGGGUGCGCUUACAGCACACCUGCCGGCAUCAGGGCGGUGCUUCAGGACGUCAGCGGCGCGGCCAGGCCCGGGGAGGUGCUGGCACUGAUGGGCCCCAGCGGGGCCGGCAAGUCCACGCUGCUCGACAUCCUCGCGGGCCGCAAGUCCGUCGGCCGCCUGGCGGGGCGAAUCGCCGUCAACGGCGCCGCGCGCGCCGUCGGCGGCCGCGGCGCCGCUGCCGCCGCUUUCACGCCGCGCGUGUCCUAUGUGCCGCAGGAGGACACCUUCCUUCCGACGAUGACUGUCGGGGAGACGUGCGCGCUGCACGCCGUGCUGCUGCUGCCCCGGGGGACGCCGGCGCGUGUGGCGGGGGAGCGGGUGGAGGGGGUGCUGGCGGCGAUGGGGUUGCUGCACGCGCGAGACACCCUGGUAGGCGGCGUGCUGCCCGGCGGCCUCUGCCUGCGGGGCCUCAGCGGCGGAGAGCGCAAGCGCGUGUCCGUAGCGGUCGGCACCCUCGCCAACCCCAGCAUCGUAUUCCUGGACGAGCCCACCAGCGGCCUGGACAGCUGCUCUGCGCUCAGCGUCACGGAGCACCUGCGGGGCCGCGCCCGUGCGAGCGGCCUCACGGUGAUCGCCUCCAUCCACCAGCCCCGCGCCGCCGUGUGGGCCUGCUUUGACGCGUGUUCGAUCCUCUCCGGCGGCCUGCUGCUUUUUACGGGCCCGUGCGAGGACGUCGUGGCCUGGUUCGAGUCCAUUGGGAUGGGCCCCUGGCGGCCGGACGUGCAUGGGACGUCGAUAGACUGGGUGAUGGAUCUGGUGAAUGUGGGGUUUUCAGGCAAGCAGCAGCUGCCGGCAGGGCGCAGCGCCGUAGGCGCCCCAGCCAAGGCCGCGGCCGCGGGCCAGGCCGCGCCCCGUCUGGACGACAGGCGCUCGCUCUCACUUGACUCGCGCUCGCGCGGGCACGGGGGCGUCGCCGUCGGCGUGGUGCGCGCAGGGUCUUGCACAGAGUCCAGCAGCUGGGACCUGGAGGUCUGCAGCGCCCCCUCCAGCAGCGAGGACGGCGGCGGCAGCAAGGGCGCGGCGGCUGCGCGUGCAAUGGCUGCCUUGGGUGGCUGCCGCGGCGGCGGCGGUGGUGGCAAGGCGCAGCUCGGAGCCGGCUGGCGCGCGACUGUCAGGGCGCUGCAGUGGCGUGAGUUUCUGAGGAUGGUGCGCAACCCUGCUGACGUGGCAGGCCGCAUGCUGGUGUUCUGCUGGCUGGGCGUUCUCUGCGGCCUCGUGUUCUGGCGCGCCGGCGACGACGCGUUUGGCGCGGAGGGCGUGCGCAACCGCCUGAACGUCCUCUUCAUCCAGGCGCAGCAGUACCUCCUGAUGCCGUACGUUUACAUGAGCCUCUACACGGCCGACAAGCGCCACUACACUGCUGACAUCAGCGCCCGCCUGUACAGCCCCUCGCCCUACUACGCGGCCAAGUCGCUGGCCGUGCUGCCCUUUGUUGUAGCAAACGUGCUGGUGUGUGCCCUGGUGAGCUACGGGAUGGUAGGGCUGCGGCUGACGCCGCUGGGCGUCGCCGGCAACAGCGCCAGCAGCAUCCUACUCUAUCUGAUAGGCCAACAGGUGCACUCCAUGGCGUCCAUAGUGAUGCCCAACGAAGACACCAGCUUCCUCGUCACCAUCCUGUGGAGCGCGCUGUGCAUGUACUUCUCAAACUUCAUCAUCCGCUUCGAUGACAUGCGGAUGGCCUGGCUGUCAAACCUGCGGUACAUCUCGGCGGUCAACUUUGCGUACAGCGCCUACAUCAAGGCCGAGUUCCAGGGAGCGACCCUCAGCUGCGCCGGCGGCCUGAUGGGGGACGCUGAGCUGGCAGCCCUGCGGGGCAUGCUGCCCGCCACCCCGCAGCUCGCGGGGCCCGCCGCGGCGCGCGUGCUGGAGCGGCCGGGCGGCGAGUGCAUGAUGCGCAUGGACGCCAUCCUGGGGUACUUUGGGGUGCUCGACACGCCAAUGUGGGUGUACUUUGCUGCGCUGAUCGCUUACCUCGGGGUCGUCCAUCUGGGCACCUUCCUCGGACUGCUGCUGCUGGCCCGCAAGGAGCGGCGCUGA